AUGGCUUUGACAAAUUUUACGCUCACGGGCGUCGGCGCAGCGACGCCGGCAUUCGUAUCCACCACCACAUCAUCACCCCUGCGAGUCGGACUCGACGACUUAUUAUAUUCACCUGAUGAAUACCAACAAGACGUCCCAGCACAACCAUCAGAAAAUGAACCAUUCAUUCCACCAAAUCAGCGUCGGCCAAAAGUCAGAAAACGUGCCGGCACUGCCUACCUACCACCAGCCAAUCAGUAUAUGCACUACCAGAAUGAGGCUCAACAAAAUCCUUAUGCAGCACCCCUGCAUACCCAGGUUUAUCCACAAAAUUCAAGACUAAACGUGCAGAUAGAAAAUCAGCGCGUAAAAGAAGUGAAUUCACCGUAUGAUGUAUCAGGGCAAUAUGAUAAUACAGGACAGUAUGUCCAUGAUCCUACGGGUGACUACGAUUAUGAACAGAAAAGAAUGAAUCAGCACCCGUCUGGGCAGCCGUACAACCCUGGGUAUGCGGAUGCGCCAUAUCCACCGGCAAUGAAGCCUAACCCCACAUCUAGUCGGAGGUUCGAUGAAAAUUCGAAUCAAAAUAUGAAUCAAAAUGUGAAUAACUUCAAUUUUAACAGGCCGCUUAGUAGUACGCCUGCUCCAACUAGGCCGCCCAGUAAUCAGGGUAGCAAGACUGGUGGUAGUGAGACUGGACAAAAUCCUCCGGAGAGACCGCGAGGGUUUACUAAAGUAGAAACUGGUGGUUCAGGUGGCAAGACACAGCUACAUGCAGUUCUUGAUUAUGAUGACGAGGAUUACUAUGACGAUCCUGAUCCAGAUUCGGGUCAACCUUCAGUAACGCCUCUUCAGGGUCCAAUCCUCCUCCGCAACGGGUCUGUUCCAGUGGUGCCUCUGACGUCAUAUCGGACAAUCAACAAUGGUUCCUUCUACCAAAUACCUAUACUAUGGACUGCGCUGUCGUUAGCGUUGGGCUACGAGCUCCAAGGUCAGAUCAUCCGAGGAGUUCCGUGCGUGAAGCGAAACUUCCAGUUGUAUUGUCCAACAGCUGGUAACACCUAUCCAUUAGAUAAAAUCGAGAACUUCAUAGACGAGAACAAAGCUUUAAUAAAGCGGAUGUACGGUUCGUUUACGACACCGGCUGGAAACCGGGUGAGACGGGCGCCUGGCGUGCCUGAUAUGCAUGAUGCUACUGGUGAUUCCUACUUCAGACAUGCUCGACAAGCUACCAAUACACGACUACCUGAUGCGCAAUCCGUCAAUAACACUGGCAGAGUGGACGCCUGCGAGAGCAAGACAGAGAUAAUGACGCCAUAUUGGGCGUUAAACUCUGCGAGAAAGUUGCGUGCAAUUGUCAACACUAUGCAUUUUGAACAAGCGAUACAUCAGGAAACGUGCAGUAAAACAACAACAGCAAGAUGUACACGUGACUGCGGAUGUGAGCAAAAGUACAAAUGGCACAGACUCCUCGCGUACGAUCCAAACGACGAUUGUGCAGGCAUAUUCAUGGAUUGGUUCUUAUUCCCUUCUUGCUGUGUGUGCAGAUGUAAUCCUUGA